CUCAACGCUGGUCUUUCUGUCUUCUUUCCUGUGGAAAUCUGCCCUACUGCGACCGUUCCUGUCGGACCAAUUCCCUUGCCUGGUCUCUGCCACCAUGUCUUCCGGAGAUCGCGAGGCUGAUAUUGCUCAGCCGUUCCAACAGGGCCAUGGCACUAUCACCGAGGUCACCUCGAACGAGAAGGCCUACAUGACGGAGAAGGCUCUCGACGCUACUCCUGAUGGUGAGGAACCCAACCAGGAAGAGGUCCGAACCCUCCGUCAUGUCGCCGAACAUCUGCCCGUCUCUGCUUGGCUCGUCGCUGUUGUCGAGCUUUGCGAGCGUUUCACCUACUACGGAAUGUCCGGCAUGUUCCAAAACUACAUCCAACGCCCUCUCGAUGGCAGUCAGGGUCGUGGUGCCCUUGGCAUGGGCCAACGUGGUGCCACUGGUCUGACCACUUUCUUCCAGUUCUGGUGUUAUGUAACUCCCAUCCUUGGUGCUAUUGUUGCCGAUCAAUAUUUGGGCAAGUACAAGACGAUCGUGGUUUUCUGUAUCAUCUACCUGGUCGGUCUCCUUAUCUUGGUUUGCACGUCUAUCCCCACUGCUCUCUCCCAUGGAGCGGGUGUUGGUGGCUUCAUUGUUUCCAUCUUGAUCAUUGGUCUGGGCACCGGCGGUAUCAAGAGUAACGUCGCUCCUCUGAUUGCCGACCAAUACAAGCGGAAGAAGAUGGCGAUCAAGACGACCCCCAAGGGUGAGCGGGUCAUCAUCGAUCCCGCCUUGACCAUCCAGCGCAUUUACAUGAUCUUCUACGCCUGCAUCAACAUUGGCUCCCUGUCCCUGAUCGCCACGCCUUACAUGGAGAAGUACAUCGGCUUCUGGUCUGGCUACCUGCUCUGCUUGUGCAUGUUUGCCGUCGGUACUGGUGUCCUUAUCUUCGGCCGCAAGUUCUACGUGGUCCGUCCUCCUCAAGGUUCCAUCAUCACGGAUGCUUUCAAGGCUCUGGGAAUCAUGAUCGUCAACCGCAACAUGGACGCAGCCAAGCCUAGCUGGCAAGCCACCAAUGGAGGCAACCGACCCGAUCUGCCCUGGGAUGAUCACUUCAUUGAUGAGCUCAAGCGCGCCCUGGUCGCAUGCCGUGUGUUCGCUUUCUACCCCGUCUACUGGGUUGUCUACGGCCAGUUCUCCAGCAACUUCGUCACCCAGGCCGGUGAGAUGGAGAGCCACGGUAUCCCCAACGACUUGAUGCAGAACUUCGAUCCCAUCUCUGUCAUUGUCUUCAUCCCGGUCUUGGAGACUCUUGUUUACCCCCUGCUCCGCCGCAUGCGCAUCCAGUUCCGCCCCAUCACCCGUAUCUCCGUUGGAUUCGUCAUCGCCUCCCUUGCUAUGAUGUACGCGGCCAUUGUCCAGCACUUGAUCUACUCUGCCGGACCUUGCUAUGGCAAGCCCCUCUGUGAUGCCUCCAUCGUUGAUGGUGCGGCCACUGGCAACCACGUCCACAUCGCGAUCCAGACGCCUGCCUACGUCUUCAUCGGUGUUUCUGAGAUUUUCGCCUCGGUGUCCGGUCUGGAGUACGCCUACACCAAGGCGCCUCCGUCCAUGAAGUCGUUCGUGCAGUCCAUGUACCUGCUCACCAACGCGUUCGGUUCCGCUAUUGCCGAGGCUCUGACGCCCGCUGCGUUCGACCCCGCCAUCAUGUGGAUGUUUGUCGGUCUGGCCUGUGCCUCCUUCAUUGCCGGUAUCAUCUUCUGGAUGGUUUACCACCACCUGAACGACCAGGAGGACGAGAUGAACGCCCUGGACGCGGAAGAUCCCGAGGUUCCUGCCCCCAUCGAGCAGGAGCAGAAGAAGGAUGAGCACAACUAGAUUCCUGAUCGGAAUCC